AUGGCUGACAUACCAAACCCGUCGAGCGGUGUCGACAAGCAUGUAGACAAUUGCCGUUCCAAUACUCCUGAUCUGGGGGAUCAGGAGCAGUCGGCAGGCUCGCAGCGUGGACCUGACGAGGAAGACUACGACCUUGAGACGGUCGAGCGUGUAUACAGAAAGCUCGACUUGCGCAUCAUCCCAGCCUUUUGGUGUCUUUACUUCUUGUGCUCUGGCCUUCGCUCGACCAUUGGUAUGGCACAGACAAUGAACCGAGAGGACGGACACGAUCUCAUGACCGUCUUGAACCUCACGCCAAAGGACACCUCCACCGCCUUGGCUCUGUUUUAUGUUGCCUACGUCAUCUUUGACUUUCCCUCCAACCUCGUCAUGAGCAGGCUCAGCCCUCGUGUUUGGAUGGCCCGUAUCGUCAUUGCUACUGGCAUCAUUGGCGCCUGCUUCGCUGCUGUUCAGGCUGCAUGGAGUCUCAAGUCAACUGCUUCGCUUCUUGCUCGGUUUCGUCAUUGCAGGCAUGUGGCCCGGCAUGUCCUACUACCUAACUUUGUUCUACCCCCUUCACGUACCGGCAAGAGGAUUGGCAUGUACUUUACCGCAGCUCAGCUUUCGGCUGCCGUGGUCGGCCUCGUUUCAGCCGGCUUCCAGCUCAUGGAUGGUGUAGGAGGCCUCGUCGGCUUUCGAUGGAUGUUCCUUCUGUAUGGCCUCAUUGCCAUUGUUCUCGGCAUCUCGCUCUUAUGGUGGCUGCCCGACCGUCCCCUGCCCCCUGGCCAGACACGCCCCCGGAACAGCUGGUUCAAGUGGCUGCCAGCCAGUCCUGAGGCUUUGAAGGGGCACGAUGCCGUUGUUCACUACCACGACCUUCGCCGCGUGUACAACCCUCGCCCAUGGACCUACCACGAUCUCCUCCAGGUCCUCAUCGACUGGCGCCUUUGGCCUCUUGUCUUCAUGUACUUUGGCGUUGUUGGUGUCGGCAUCGGCACCCAACUGUACGGGUCUGUCAUCAUUGCCUCCAUCGUCCCGGAUGCCUCCAGCGUUGAGGUCAGCCUGCUGUUCGCUCCCAUCUGGAUUAUGGAUUUAAUCGCAAUUGUUCUCAUUAUGCCCCUCUCGGACCGUUUCCACCGCUACCGACCUUUCAUCUUCUCCGCCGCCGUCUGCCUGCAGAUUGUUGGCCUUUUGGUCGUCACAUUCGCCCUGGACAAUGGCUGGGCUCGCUACGGCGGACUCCUCAUGGUCGGCUUCGGCCUGGGGCCGACUGUCCCCAACUGUAUGACAUGGGCCAACGAGAUUUUCCAGCACCGCCACGGCGAGGUCGGUGUGGCCGCUGCUGCUGCUCUCGUGUCUGGCCUCGGUAACCUCGGCAGUAUCGUCACUACUUAUGCCUUGUACACUGGAAUGGCCCGAAGACGCUGCACCUGGCCGUUACAGGUACCCAGCUUCCUCAUGAUGAUCCUCCUGCGAGUCUGUGGAAACGAGCGCACCAACAAGAUCCCUAGCGACAGCGCUAGCGAGUUUGAGGAUGGUGCUGCCAGGCGUGAACGCCAACAGAGGGGCCUCGGCAAGAUCAUUCCCUUUGGAAGGUCUCGCCAGGCCUAG